CUCGGCCAGUGAAACCUCAAAGUUCGCUUCUAGAAGUUGCGGGGUGGCCUGGGGUGCUGGGCGGGGUGGGGGCAGGGACCGGUGCUCACAGAACUCCCCCCCAGGUCCCCCAUAACAUCAACUUCCGAGAGAAGAAGCCUAAGCUGUCCAAGAAGAAGGCGGAGGGUGGCAGCGCUGAGGAGGGGGCCGCGGCCCGUGGGCGAGUGGCGCGCUUCCGCUACUUCGAGGACAUUUACGGCUACUCGGGGGUCUUCAUCUGUGGGCCUUCUCCUCACUGGCUCCUGGUGACCAGCCGGGGGGCCCUGCGGCUGCACCCCAUGGGCAUCGACGGCCCCAUCGACUCCUUCGCCCCGUUCCACAACGUCAACUGCCCCCGCGGCUUCCUGUACUUCAACAGACAGGGCGAGCUGAGGAUCAGCGUCCUGCCGGCCUACUUGUCUUACGAUGCCCCGUGGCCCGUCAGGAAGAUCCCGCUGCGCUGCACAGCCCACUAUGUGGCCUACCACGUGGAGUCCAAGGUAUACGCUGUGGCCACCAGCACCAACACUGCGUGCACCCGGAUUCCACGCAUGACGGGCGAGGAGAAGGAGUUUGAGACCAUCGAGAGAGAUGACCGCUACAUCCACCCCCAGCAGGAGGCCUUCUCCAUCCAGCUCAUCUCCCCCGUCAGCUGGGAGGCCAUCCCCAAUGCCAGGAUCGAGCUGGAGGAGUGGGAGCACGUGACCUGCAUGAAGACGGUGUCGCUGCGCAGCGAGGAGACCGUGUCCGGCCUCAAAGGCUAUGUGGCCGCGGGGACCUGCCUCAUGCAGGGGGAGGAGGUCACCUGCCGCGGGCGGAUCCUGAUCAUGGACGUGAUCGAGGUGGUGCCCGAGCCUGGCCAGCCCCUGACCAAGAACAAGUUCAAGGUCCUGUACGAAAAGGAGCAGAAGGGGCCCGUGACCGCCCUUUGCCACUGCAACGGCCACCUGGUGUCGGCCAUUGGCCAGAAGAUCUUCCUGUGGAGCCUGCGUGCCAGCGAGCUGACGGGCAUGGCCUUCAUCGACACCCAGCUGUACAUCCACCAGAUGAUCAGCAUCAAGAACUUCAUCUUGGCCGCUGACGUCAUGAAGAGCAUCUCGCUGCUGCGCUACCAGGAGGACAGCAAGACGCUCAGCCUCGUCUCCCGGGACGCCAAGCCCCUGGAAGUGUACAGCGUGGACUUCAUGGUGGACAGCACCCAACUGGGCUUCCUGGUGUCUGACCGUGACCGCAACCUCAUGGUGUACAUGUACCUGCCGGAGGCCAAGGAGAGCUUUGGUGGCAUGCGCCUGCUGCGUCGGGCAGACUUCCACGUGGGUGCCCACGUGAACACCUUCUGGAGGACCCCGUGCCGAGGUGCUGCUGAGGGGCCCAGCAAGAAGUCGGUCAUGUGGGAGAACAAGCACAUAACGUGGUUCGCCACUCUCGACGGCGGCAUCGGGCUCCUGCUGCCCAUGCAGGAGAAGACCUACCGGCGGCUACUGAUGCUGCAGAAUGCGCUGACCACCAUGCUGCCCCACCACGCUGGCCUCAACCCCCGCGCCUUUCGGAUGCUGCACGUGGACCGGCGCACCCUGCAGAAUGCCGUGCGGAACAUCCUGGACGGAGAGCUGCUCAACCGCUACCUGUACUUGAGCACCAUGGAGCGCAGCGAGCUGGCCAAGAAGAUCGGCACCACACCUGACAUUAUCCUGGAUGACCUGUUAGAGACGGACCGGGUCACUGCCCACUUCUAGACCCCUGGAUACAGCCACUGCCACCACCCCUUUUUGUACAAAACACAGGAGAAAGAUUUGUUUGGUUUGA